UUAAAGUGGUAGGGAGUAUAUGGAAUUGAAUUGAUUCGAUUUCUCUGUAAACAUUACAUUACAUUACAGCCCAAAAAUCUAAGUCUAAAACUAAAGCCACAGAUUGAGAAAACAAGUUUUCUUCUUUUAAUUUUGGGUCCAAAUGAAUCACCACAGGCACAGCGCAGCUGUUUGAAGGGUCGGCUUGUCUGCUGACUUUGCUCUUAGCGGCAUUCAGAGUGAAACGGGUUACAUUAUUACUCGUUCAUUUUAUCUGCAUUUCAAGUUUGCAACAUUGUCUCUAAUCUAGAAAGGAAGGAAAGUGAAUUUUACCAUAUAUAAACAUGGGUAGUCCGCUGCAACCUAAGACAAGAGUAGCGUUUGUGCUGAUUGAUGGGUUGGGUGACGUGUCACUGCCAAGGCUUGGAUUCAAGACUCCUCUGCAGGCAGCCAAAGUGCCCAAUUUGGAUGCCAUUGCAUCUGCUGGAGUUAAUGGUCUUAUGGACCCUGUUGAAGUAGGCUUGGGUUGUGGGAGUGACACUGCUCACCUCUCUUUAUUGGGUUAUGACCCAAGAGUGUAUUAUCGGGGUCGAGGUGCUUUUGAGUCCAUGGGUGCUGGUUUGGCAAUGUCUCCUGGUGAUAUUGCAUUUAAGUCAAAUUUUGCAACCUUGGAUGAGAAAACGGGAAUAGUCACAAGUAGGAGGGCUGACAGGCACUUUGAAGAAGAAGGGCCCAUACUCUGUGCAGCAUUAGAUGGAAUGAAGCUGCCGUCUUUUCCUCAAUACGAAGUUAGAGUCAGGUAUGCAACAGAGCAUAGAUGUGGAGUGGUUGUCAAAGGACCAAGAUUAAGCGGAAAUAUAUCAGGGACAGACCCGUUAAAGGACAACCGCUUACUUUUGCAAGUUGAAGCUCUAGAUGAUACUGAUGAAGCAAGGCACACAGCUGUAGUUGUUAAUGAGUUAUCCAAGGAAAUGUCCAGAAUUCUGAUUUCUCAUCCAUUAAAUGCAAAGCGGGUUGCAGAAGGGAAGAAUGUAGCUAAUGUUGUCCUUCUACGGGGUUGUGGUAUUCGACUUGAGGUUCCUCCAUUUGAAAAAAAGCAUGGAUUGUGGCCAUGCAUGGUAGCUCCCACCAAAAUUAUUGCUGGCCUGGGCCUGUCUCUUGCUAUUGAUAUCCUUGAUGCCCCUGGAGCAACUGGAGACUAUCGAACACUUUUAACUUCCAAAGCAACUGCAAUAGCUAAGGCACUCUCAGCUCCUUUGCAGUCUUGCCCCUCUGCUUUUGUACCUGGGGAGGAUGAAAACAAACCUGGUCGAUCAGAUGGCUAUGAUUUUGGGUUUCUUCACAUCAAGGCAAUAGAUGAUGCAGGUCAUGACAAGGCAAGCAUUUUGAAAGUCAAAGGGCUGGAAGCUGUAGAUCGAGCUAUAGGACAGUUGGCUAGGCUCCUCUGGGAGGCAGAAUCAACUGGAAAAUUUCGUUACUUUCUUUGCGUUACUGGAGACCACUCAACUCCAGUUGAAUAUGGAGACCACAGCUUUGAAACAGUUCCAUUUGCAAUGUGUCGGUUGAAAGACUUUGUGAGUGCAGUAGGUGGGGAGUCCAUCAUUUUGGGAACUUCUCUUGAUCCAUUUCCUCUUCCAGCUACUGAAGUUGAUGAUGACCUAACAGAUGAUGUGGGAAUUGAACAAGAGAGAAGCAAACAGCUUCAAGCUUAUAAUGGUGAUUCAGUUUGUGAGUUUAACGAGAUUGCAGCAGCGAGGGGUUGUCUUGGGCGUUUUCCAGGAGGAGAGAUGAUGGGAAUUAUAAAGAAAUUUCUUAAAUUAGAUGCAUGAAUUGUCUGGAAGUUGGGAGAUACAUGGUGGCUGCAUAUCACGAAGAGAAUUAAUAAGGCUGGUCUUUUUUUUCUUUUUUUUUUGGGG